GCGACCCGGCUGACGCCUUCCUCCACCGUCCUUCCAAUCGACUCAUGGAACUUCGCUUCUGCAAGGGACGCUUCCGACAGCUCUGGCCUUCCCUCGUGGAGAAGGCAUACUCCAAGGAGGCGGGCUUCACCAUGGGGGCGUCCUGCCCGUACUCGCAGGAGGGAUUGGUCGGUUGCCAUGCCUACAGUGUACUUUGUGUUAAGGUGGGUGCAAGGGAGGGGUGA